CAUUGCUGACUCUUCCAGCAUGUGUUCACACUCAGAGGAGCAGAAAAUAUAAUUUACUCUUUCAUUAUAACAGAGUGAAAGAGAAACAAGACAUUACAGACAGCCCUGCAUCCCUUUUCAAACAGAAGGCGAGCAAGAGUAGUAAUAUUCACAGUAAGUAGAGGAGAAUGUAAUGUUGUUGGGCACUAAAUUACAGUCAUUGAAAGCUUGUAUGGUUACACAGCAAUCUAUCACUGUCACACAGAGAGGGAGAGCGGAGAGAGAGCAGACAGGCGCCAGGCUCAGCAGGAUCAAAGCAGAAAUGGUCCUCAGGGAGAGAAACAGUUAACUCCAUUUAACCAAUUGUCCUACAGACAGACAGUCAGUGUGCUGCUGCAGGCCCAGCAAUAGUUGUCAUAAGAGAGGAAAAAGUCCCACAUAUUGGGUUUCACUGGAAAUGAUUUGACUUGAUUUGAAGAUCUGCAAAACAAGGCCAAUUUGGAUGGGCCUCAUCAAUGGGCCUCUGCAACAUUAGCUGGGGUUUUACUGUCUCUCAAAGGGAUUACAGACAAUGAACACAAUGGGUUGAAAAAUGGCCAAUACACAACCAUAGAUAAUUUGAUUACAGGCCACAAGAUAGAAAUUUACAGUUAACUCUUAAGAAUGUUAAAAGAAAACUGUAAAUCACAGACUGGAUUGCCUUACUGCUUUAAUGAAACAACACAGUAUAUUCUCAAGCACAAGUAACAGGCUAUAGCUUUAUAACAGAAUGAAAACAUUCUAUACUAGUAAACUGAACUUUUGUAAAGUUUUGUCAGCUGCAUUUCCUUUCACACCUGGUGUAGCCAACGUUAUUUCUGACCACUCAGUGGCAACGGAACAGGAUGUAAACACCGUAAAUAGGGAUGUAAAUAAUAUUACAUAUUAAAUAGCCUAUAUUAAAUGAGUGCAAUACUCAGAUUUUACAAAGAAGCUUGUGUUCUGAGAUGUAAUAAAUCGAUGCAGUAACGGGUGUUACCCAGCAGUGUGUAAGCACUUACUUUGGGGACUCCGCCCCAGAUAGGAGGUUUACAUCUUUCAAGACCACGGAUCAAUAGAUCUACAGUGAAGGCUCACGGCACAUGAAAUGGACCACUGCAAGUCUGACCUAUCAGAACCUAUUUGGGUCGAGUCACGUGAAAACAUCCCAGACUGAUAGGCGUGCGCAAAGAUGAAAGAGGAACUUGUUGCACUUCGCUGAAGAAGAGACAAGUCCUGAAGUUUACCACGCAGCUGUGCAACCACGGAGAAGCUUCGGCAAUAACAUAGAUUUCCUCAAGGGACAACACGAAAAUAUCAACGAGGAGAGCGGCAAGAAAACUGGUUGUAUGGCACCUCAGUCGUGCGUAAUGAAUCCUGCGCAGGGAUCACCGCCCUCGGCUGCUCCAGGGGAGACCUCACCGGAGGACCGAGCCGCUGGUGGCAUGGGAACUGACACGCUGGACCUGUCACCUGUCAGAAGAUGUAAAACCAAAAGUUUGGACCUGUCUUUCAGUGUGGAAUCCCUCAUAAAAGACAGAACGCCAGGCGGAAAUCUCCACUCGCCAGAGCAUGGCUCAGGCGUCCGGGCAGAGGCGACCGAGUGUGCGUCAGCGAAGGGGCUUUAUCGGUCCAAGCCAGAGGUGGUAGACCUCACUGACACGGAGACGAGCCCCUGGUUCCAGGCUCCUUAUGCAUCCGCUCCAAGACUUCCCAGCCCGAGCCCGUGCAAUCUACGGAAACACAAGAACAACAGGAAACCCAGGACUCCCUUUACAACUUCUCAGCUGCUUUCUCUGGAGAGGAAGUUCCGUCAGAAACAGUACCUCUCCAUCGCGGAGAGAGCGGAGUUCUCCAGCUCUCUCAGCCUCACAGAGACCCAGGUCAAGAUCUGGUUUCAGAACCGCAGGGCCAAGGCCAAAAGACUGCAGGAGGCCGAGCUGGAGAAGCUCAAGUUGGCCGCGAAGCCGCUGCUGCCGGCCUUCGCCUUUCCCUUCCCCCUGAGCGCACCCAUAGGCGCACCGUCCCUCUAUGGGAGCCUGACCGGGCCGCGUCCUGGUUUACCUGUCCCAGGACUAUUUAGUGGACCAUAUGGGAUGUAUUACUUGUCUUAACCCUCACUAACUCUUAAGCUGCGUUAAAAAUACCUUUAUACAGCAAAUAACAACCAGUGCAAAAAUGUCCAUCUUAUGAGUCAAUCUGAAAUCUUUUAUCAAAUCGUAUUUAAGAAAAAUCUAAUGGCGUGAAUAUUUUUAACGCAGUUGUCUCGGCUGAAGAAUUUGUUUUAUGGUAAAUUAUGUGUUGGCCAUUUUUUCGCAGUGUAUUCAGCACUGAACCCAAUUUCUGGAUUAACUUUUCAAAGUUCCUUUGUAUUCCUUUCCUGUUCGUCAAACACUUUCCUAAAAGUCAUUUUAAUGUCUCAAGAGAAGUGACAUGAUUAUUUAAACGUCUAUUAGGUUCAGGAUUGAACAUUUCUCACCUUAAAAGGACAGUUUUUUUUUUAUUUGGGGGCAUAGAAAACACUGCAGAGCAGUAAAAAUUACUGGUGCGCAUCGUGUCUAAACCACGUUCUGUAUAAUUUGAGGAACCCGAAAGUUUAAACGACCUGUUUGAUAUUGUAGCUCACAGACAGACUUCCCUUUAAUAAGCUUAAGGUGGAGGGGGGAAAGCUACCAAACAAGUAUGAUUGUACCCAAAAAUAUAAUAAUAAAGAUGAAAUGUCAAACUUCCAAAUCAUUCAACGAAAAGACAUACACACUAUCCAUAUUUCUAAUUACAAUAAUAGCUCACAAUCCAUAGGAAUAAUCAUGGAGCAGAUAGUAAAGAGUCUGUUGGCUCAUUUUAAACCUCUUAAUAAUUUUCCCAGUGUCAAAAUACAAAAUGGAGCAUAAAUCUGUUUUGUCAUUUUAAAAUAGUAUUUUUUUUAAAGAUUACCUCAAAAGUCAACUUUUUUUGCACAGAUGUUCAAAGAG